AGUUCAUAAGAUACCUAUUGUAUGCGCGUUGUUAUAGUGAAAAGCGAGCGAUAAUUAAGUCGUACGAGCUUUUUAUUAACUCUUCCGAAAUUCUUUCUUUUCUCUCUUGCGCUUUCCAUCGACAAUUAUGGAUUCGGAACCGAAGAGAAAAGCGUCUAUUUCAAAUUCGAGUGAUAGCCAUGUUCCUUCCCUGGCACCUCCUCAUCGGAGAAUGUCGAGAGUGAUAGAUCCCUCUCGAAAAAUGUCAAUGUACAAUAUGAGGCGACCUUCUCUCGCGGGUAGUCAAAGAACCGGCGACUACGUCGUACCGAAAAUGCCGGUUCGGUUGGCAAAUACUUAUCGCUUAGAACCGAAAAAUGGUGAAAAGUUUAGUAGCGGAGAGGUAAGUAGGGUUAUUGCCGAAGUUCUGGAAAAUUAUCUAUCCGGUGAAACUUACGAAGAAACAAUGUGUGGCAAACUGGCAAAGAAUAUCGCUGAAAUAUUAAAAGAGAGAGUCAAAUCAAUGAAAUUUCCUCGUUAUAAAUUUGUUUCAGAGGUGACAAUCACUCAAAAUGGUCGACAAUCUAUGCAAACAGCUUCCAGAUGUUUAUCGAAUCAACAAACCGAUUCUUAUGCAACGGCUUCCUACAAAAAUUCCUCCUUGUCAGCCUACGCUGCUGUAUAUGGAUUUUACUUUGAAUGA